AGUUUGAAAUCUUUUGAUGAGAAAUAUGAUUGAUGUUUUUAUUUUUUUAAAAUAAAACUAUUGCCUAAAAGUUUUCUAUGUAGCUCCCAGAACUCCUUAUUUGUGCUGUCUCUGUGAAAAAAAUAUGUUUUAAGUUUGCGGGCAAAAUAAAGGAAAAGAACCAGGUGGUGAGAAAGAAGGUAUUUUGUGGGAUUAUAGGCAAGGCACAUGAGGGAGCCGGCAUUGAAAAUAACUGUGGAUUCCGUGCAGCCUGUUCCUAAAGGGGUUUUGUGGAGGUAGCUCUGUUCUUUUAACAUCCUGUUGCUCAUUUGUGCUUUCUCAUUUGAUGGCUGGUUUUGAGGAAGUAGCUAAUUUCCCCCCUUUAGUCCUUGCCCCUCUGGUGACGGUGAUGAUGAUGUGUGAGUUGAAUGUAUACAAUGAAGGAAAAGAAGUGGAAGAGAACUGCCUUGUGCUGAUGUCAGGCGCAGGGCUGGCUUACAAGAGGGUGUGAUUGAGUUUGGCUGAGCUUCAGACAGCCCUCUAUCUUCUGUUUCCAACUUCCAGUGUGCUGAGACGGGCUGCAAGGCUUAGAGGGGAAUAAGGACGACACCAUGUCCGACAGCAAGGAAUGGGCCACACUCAGCCCAGAAGAGUUCACCCAGCUGCAGAAGUACCUUGAUUACAGUAGCAAGAAAGUACAGGAUGUGCUCCAGGAAUUUUAUGGAGAGGGUGAAUUGUCCCAACAUUUGCAAGGAGAUUCAAUAGAUUUUGAGGGCUUCAAGCUCUUCUUGAAAACCUACUUGGAAGCCGAGGAAAUCUCCAAUGAACUUUGCUGCCACCUCUUCAUGUCUUUCCAGACUACGACAGGACAAGCCACAACAGAGCCAGCCAGUGGUUUUGUUUGCGUCAAUGAUGUCUCUUGUUACUUCUCACUGCUGGAAGGUGGACGGCCAGAAGACAAGCUGGAAUUCACCUUCAAGCUCUAUGAUAAAGAUGGGAAUGGCCUUCUCGACAGUUCAGAGGUGGAUCGCAUAAUCACACAGAUGAUGCGUGUGGCUGAAUAUUUGGAGUGGGAUGUCACUGAGCUGAAACCGAUCCUGCAGGAGAUGAUGCGAGAGAUUGACUAUGAUGGCAGCGGUACAGUGUCUCUGUCUGAAUGGCUCCGCGGUGGAGCUACCACCGUCCCUCUCCUGGUGCUGCUUGGACUGGAGGCUACCAUGAAGGAUGAUGGGCAGCACCUCUGGCGCCUGAAGCACUUUAACCGUCCCGUUUACUGCAAUGUGUGUGAGACGCUGCUGCUUGGGCUUCGCAAGCAGGGCCUGCGCUGCACUUUCUGCAAGUACACCGUGCAUGAGCGUUGUGCCCGAAAGGCCCCGCCAAGCUGCAUCAGCACUUAUGCCAAGAGCCGCCGUGAUACCAGUGCACAAGCUCAUGUCUGGGUAAGAGGUGGUUGUGAUGGCAGUAAAUGUGACCGGUGUCAAAAGAAGAUAAAGAGUUUUCAGAGCUUGACAGGCGUGCACUGUGCGUGGUGCCAUCAGAAGAUCCAUGAUGAAUGCCUGCCUCUCAUGCCUUCCGCGUGUGACUGUGGGAUCCUCAGAGACCACAUCCUGCCACCCUCAGCUAUCUAUCCUGUUGUGUUGGAGCGCCAGAACAGCCAGAAGAACGGACUCUGUGGAACACCUUCAGAAGAGACAACUUCGCCAUUUAUCACACCUGAGGGACAGGCAUUGCGAAUCAUCCCUGUACCUGACACCCACCCUUUGCUUGUCUUUGUCAAUCCUAAGAGUGGUGGGAAACAGGGAGAGAGGGUGCUGCGUAAAUUUCAAUAUCUCCUCAACCCACGGCAGGUCUACAACUUAUUGAAGGGUGGUCCUGGACCUGGGCUGAAUUUUUUCCGAGAUGUACCAGAUUUCCGUAUCCUAGUUUGUGGUGGUGAUGGCACUGUGGGCUGGAUCUUGGAUGCCAUUGAUAAAGCCAACCUACCUAGCCGGCCUCCAGUGGCUGUGCUGCCUCUGGGAACUGGCAAUGAUCUUGCCCGCUGCCUUCGCUGGGGAGGAGGUUAUGAUGGUGAGAACUUAGUGAAGAUACUGAAAGAUAUUGAGGCAAGCAGCAUACUACAAAUGGACCGCUGGUCAGUGCAAGUGAUGCCUGAUAACCCUGAUGAGAAAGGUGAUCCUGUCCCUUAUGAGAUCAUCAACAACUACUUCUCUAUUGGUGUAGAUGCCUCCAUUGCCCAUCGAUUCCAUGUUAUGAGGGAGAAAUACCCAGAAAAAUUCAAUAGCAGGAUGAAGAACAAGCUCUGGUAUUUUGAAUUUGCCACGUCUGAGACCAUCUUUGCCACAUGCAAAAAGCUCAAGGAGUGUCUGACUGUAGAGUGCUGUGAGCAGCCCAUUGAUCUCAGCGGAGCACUCUCUGGAAUAGCUAUACUCAACAUUCCCAGCAUGCAUGGUGGCUCCAACCUCUGGGGUGAGACCAAAAGACCCUUGGGGGAGGCAGCAGCACGAAGCACAGCAGGCGGAGCAGCACAGCCCCAUGUCAUCACUGAUGCUGAAAUCCUGAAGAACUGUGUACAAGACCUGGGUGAUUGUCGGAUGGAGGUGGUGGGCCUGGAGGGUGUGAUCGAGAUGGGGCAGAUCUACACCGGACUGAAGAGUGCAGGCAAACGCCUAGCCAAGUGUUCAGAGAUCACGCUGCGAACUCUCAAGCAUCUCCCCAUGCAGAUUGAUGGAGAGCCAUGGAUGCAAGCACCAUGCACGAUCAAGAUAAGCCACAAAAACCAAGCCCCGAUGCUCAUUGCACCACCUCCCCGAUCCUCCAGCUUUUUUGGCUUGAAGAAGGGACCACAAGAGGCAUAAAAGGGAGUCCUGUGCCUGCCCAGGAACAGCUGUCUCCAUGAUGAUGCCACUCCGGUGCUGUUAUCAGAAUGCCCAGAUGUUCUGCAUGGGGGAGCCUCCUACUCCACCACACAUACACACAAGUUGUAAUGGGGCCUGUUUCUUGCUGCCUUGUACUUGACAAGGGUAGAAGGUGCUGCAGCCAGAGCCUUUGCUUCUACCGCAGAGAUCAGCCUGGCCAUUUCCCUGGUCUGGGGUAGGGGAACUUCAGCCAUCAGUCCUUUCACCUGGAGAUGCUGCUCAGGUUGCCUGUCCCUGCUAGGAGCCCCUUAAUGUGUGGAUGCCAAACCUCUUUUCCAUUGUCCACUGAAAAGCCCCAUAAACCUCACAUUUUCCCCCUUGCACUUGAGGUAACUACUGAAAGAUUGGUGGCAUCAGCUCACCUUCCCCCCACAUCUCCUCUCUUUUAUUUAUUACAAAGCCAUUCCACAUUCCUCCACUUAACAGUUAUCAGAUGUGCCUCAGCAUAGUAAUAAAGGAUUAGGCUUGAAUGUUUUGCUUUCCUUCUGUGGUAGCUGAUUUGAGGGCAGGGAGGUUAGUAAGCCAAGGAGCCUGGGCUAUGGGCUUCCUAGGUUUAAGAUCUUGCUCAGUGUUUGCCAAGAUGCUUGGAAGAUUAGACAUUAUUUUUGGAGGAAAGUAUGUGUGUAUAUAGGUGCAAGUAAAUAAAUAUACACACACAAAAGCAAUCUCUGUUCUCUGUAGACACAAAAAUGUAGUAGGACUAGGCAAUCAAUGGCUUGUAUCUUCUACAUAUCGAGAGCUACAUAUCUAACUGUGCAGCAGGAUCUGCAUGAAAGCAUGGGAUACUGAACUAGUUCACUGCAAUUAUGUGCAGACUAGCAACACGUUCCCUACUUCUGCUUAUAGUAAAGAACUAGAUUCAGUAUCAGUGUAAGUUCCUUGUCUAUUCACCUUUUAAGAAAUAUGCCGUAUUGUUUCCCCUCUUUCUGCUGCUGCUUGCAAGAAGGUGGUAUAGGUUUGUGCCAAAAUAACUUGAGCAGCUUCAGGCAGGAGCGAUCUGUAUGUCUGAAUUGGUCCCAGCAUUUAGAGAGAGUAGGAUGCUUUUGCCUUAUUUUUCCAGAUUCCUAAAAAUGGAGCCAUAUCCCAUAGCCCCAUAUAGGUCAGUACUUUGGUGAAAGUGGAUGAGUUCUCUAGUAAUUUAAUAUCUUUAGUAAACUUCACUCUUAAGGGAGCCUGCCCUUCUUGGAGCAGGGGGUCUUGUUCAACAGCUAGAUGAGAGCAAGAAGAGAAUAUGCAGCCAUUCUUCUACAUGCCCAUUUCAGAGCUUGGAACAGUGAAGUUUUUGAACUACAGCACUCAGAAUCUCUCGGCCAGCCUGACUACUAGGCAUGCCAGAUACAGAAAUCUGGGAGUUGUAAUCCAAAACCCAAGUUUUUCCAUGCUCUGACCAAAAAAAUCCUAAAUCUUUUUAAAUGAUUCCAUGUACAAAAAUGGGUGUUUGUAUUAAUAACAUCAAAUGUAAUCUCCAACUAUUUCAAAUCUAUCACACUUCUGGAGCUUUAUUUUGUUCAGUUUCUAUGAAAACCUUUAGUUUGACUGGAGAGAACAAAUUGACAGAGUGAGAAAUGCUUGUACAUCAUGAGUAGUGACACAACUCUGCUCUACAGGCCUGAAGACUCAGAUAAAUGGCACUGAUUAUGAAGGAUGCUUUCCAUGAAUUCUUUGAGGAAGGCUGCUUCUGCUAGAUUCACUCCCCUGUGAUCCCAAAGUUGAGGGUUUUUUGGGGCUGUUUUUAAAAUGUAGAGAAUGGCAAGAAGAUUUAUGACAUUGUUCUAUCACAAUCUCUGCUCUAUUGUACUGUGCUAAUGCAGUCUAAAAAGCCCCUUUUCUGUAUCAGUUGAUCUUUGAUGCUUUACAGUAGAGAAAGGGAGGAGGGCUGCCUUUCUUUCUAUGAGGCAAAGUAUAAGGUAGAGUGAGGUGGACAACCACAGUAGGGAUCAAUUUUUGCCUGCAUAUCUCCUAUGGUAAAUCAUAUCACUACAUAUGAUUUAUGGUAAAUCAUAUCACUGCAAAUUUUUUUGCCAAAAAUGUGACCUGGAGCUGAACAAAAAACCUUCCACUUUUAGGCUUCCUGGUAGGCUUUAGGUGGCUAAAGUCAAGGCACCAUACUUUGGCAGCUUUUGGGCCAUAUUUUUCCCAACUCUGAGAUGGGUGAAGAUUAAAUAUCUCCUCCCAAUCCCCAGCCACAACCCCAAUAGGAAGAUUACUCUUCUGAUGGCUUGCAACUAAGAAAUUGAGCUUGGACCUUUAUUAAACAGCAGUUGCAGAAUAUGAGAUUUGGCCAUCAAAUUUAUUUUUGCCUAUGAUGGGAAUUUUCUAUGAAUUCUCACACUGCAUCACCCUGCUUUCUUGGAGGAAGGAGAAGAUGCCAAGGAUACUGCAGAGAACAACCUGUUUGAAAAAUGCUUGAAGUGUCAUUUUUGAAUGAUUACGGCCUUUCCAAUUACUGUUGUUAGUGCAAUAAAGGUACAGUUGUCACUCA